AUGGAAAUCGAGGAUUCAAACGGUGCCAGCCGGUGGGGUGCAUGGCUGCCGCCCGAUAUCAAGGCCGAAGAGGAGAGCACCAAGGCCAGAGAGCAACACGAAGCCUGGAUGCAGCACGUCGUCAUCGGCCUCGCUCGCUCGAUAGCCGCUGGUGACGUAGCGGGCAGCAGCGGCCGGUACUGGGUGCGUGCCAUCCAGACCCACGUCUUCGACCUGCGUCGGCCCGUGCCGGACGAAACCCGGACCCAGCUGGUCCAGCUUCUCUACAACGCCAUCACGAUGCACCACACGGGCACCGAGGUCGACGCAUCAACGUCGUCAAGUCGACUCGACCCCACGCUGCAGAGCAAGUGGGCCGGUGUGCUGACUCGUCUCCUCAAGAAGUGGAAGAACCUGGCGGGGUCAGUGAUGACGCUGCCGUGGAGACCGCUGUACGACACGCUACUGGAGGCGUACACGCACGGCCUUCGCCAGCCUGCGCACCACGCAACGGCCAUCCACGCCUAUCGAGUGUCCACACUAGUCUCCCUUGCCAAGAAAGCCAGACGGUUCUUCCCUGCCGGUGCCGCACAGGAGAUUCAAGACACGAUUCGUCCAUUCUUCUGCCCGCACGACAACUCGUCCACCUUCAAAGCGCAGGCGCUGCUCUGCCUCUUCGUACCUUCUUCCUCCUUCGACAGGCAGCUGGUCGCCGAGGUGUUUGAGAAAUGGGCCUGGAUUGAGCGUUCGGGUCAAUGGGACGCCAACUGGAUCUCACUUCUUGCCCGCUUUGCCAAGGUGUCCCACUCAAGCGCCCAUCUCGCGCUCGAUUGGACGCCCUACCUACCGCAGCUGUUCACGCACGUGCUGAGGAUACUCGAUGUAUCCACGGCGGGCGCCAGCAAGCUCCCGAAGCCGGGACAUCACAAAGCGCCCUCGGAGACACACGUCUUCACGCCUCAUGAGAAAGAGACCAAGAUUGCGAACAUGGCUAAGCUCUUGAUCUACAUACUCACGCCUAGCACGCCAUCUCAGCUCAGUGGAGUGCCAGCGGAAAACGAAGGCAAGAGAAGGAAGCAGAGAGAAGCGCCGUCCUGUUCCCAGGAAGCCGAUGCCGACUCGGCUGCGAAGGACGCCACGGCAGUCUUUUCCGAGUGGAGCGUCGAGCUGUUGGAGACUCUCUUCUCGGUGCUGCGCAACCAAGACAAGCCCAGCAACGAACACUACGACCAGGCCGUCAGGAGCUUUUUCAAGAAAAUGGUGGAGCUGUUCUUCCAGCAGCUUUCCCCGCAGAUUUACACCACGCUGUCCAAGAAGCUGCUCCACUUCGUCACCUACAACGUCGUUCCCAAUGCAACCAAGGAGUUUGGAUUCCUGGUGGCGUCAGCCAGUCUGGCCAAUCCAGAGGCAGCGCUGAAAACCUAUCUGCCCCUCUGCUACAAGAAGAUAAUCAAGCUCAGCAAGGAGACUGGCGCAGCUACGCUCAAGGAUCGCUCCGACGACGAGAUGAAGUGGUAUCUCCAUUUGCUGGCCUCGGUGGUCAAGCGCACCGGUCCGGCUCUGGUGCCGCAUGUCGACAAACUGCGCACUGUGAUUACCGAGUGCUUCGCCAGCAACAAGAAGGCGCUGGCCAAGGCAGCAGGGAAACUGCUCCGCAACGUGUUGUACACCCUUUCGCAGUACUACCCGACCGACUUCCGCUCGGCCCCGCCCGCCGUGUGGAACUCUGAAGAAUUCGACCGAACGCAUUGGAAGACCUGGGGCCAGCAGGGAGACGCUAGCGUUCCCACAGUUCAGUGGCAUCAGCCGACCGAGACCGAGCUCCAGCUGGCCAGCGAUCUGGUUGCGCACCUUCUCCCCGACGCCUUGCGGAAGCUCCAGAGUCUGAGCAGCGAUUCCAAUGCGCUGGGCAAGGACGAGCUCUGGGUAGUGCUGCAGCAGGUGAGGAGCAUUGUGCGUGGCGCCGCGACGAUCCUCCCGCAGGAGAAGGGCAGCCGCGAGCCUCGUGAGCAGUGGGACGCCGAGUUGCCGCACCGAGAGCAGCCGCCGAGCGUCACCUAUCCGAGCCAUCUGUGGCAAAGCAUCGCCGAGGGUCGCAACGGCCAAGUGCGGAGCGACAUCGCCCAGGCGCUGAGUGCCGCCAGCCGAGUGUUCAAGACCUCGCGGGCUGACGACAUCACGUCGCUGGCCAAGCUGCUCAAGCUCAUGAACCUCGUGCUCAACUUCAACGGCAUCUCCCAGGAGAAGCUGCGUUGGAAGGUGGCCAUCUACAAGGGCGUCAAGCGUCGAUACGCCAAGAAGCUCGAAGCGGCAGCGGACAAGCAAGAUGCUAUGGACAUCGAAGAGGAAGCGGAGAAGGAGAAGCAGGAGAAGCAGCACUACCGCCGCAUCCUCAUCGACCGCGCCCACAUCGAGUACCUGGCCCGCGUCAACCAGACCAAUUGGCACAACGACGUCGGCGAGGCGGGAAAACAGCUGCUGCACCACCUCUACGACUUUGCUACGUUCGCCAGCGGCUACGCCGGUGUGCGCAAGAAGGCCCAGGGCGCUCUCCACAACGCGUGGAAGUACCGGCCCUUCUCGCGUCACAUGUUCCUCCACAACAUCAUCGCCAAGCUGAGCGACAAGAGCGUGGGCGAGGACGAGCUCAAGGGCAACGCCUUCCUGCUCUUCAACCGUGGCGUCAUCCGCCUCAUCUCGCGCGAGUGGCGCUACUUGGCGCCUUUCCUCGUCAGCAUCGCCUCGUCGCACGUCCACUCCAACGAAAAGCUGCAGACGCUGCUCUACCAGCUCUUCGUGCUCUACUCUGUCUCUUCCUACCCCGUUCCGCUCGCCGCACCCUCGCCGCCCGCUGUCCUGCCGCCGGGCGCUGGCUUCCAACUCUCUGCCGACACGCUCCAGCGCGCCGCCAAGGAAAUCGAGUUCCACAACAAGAAGAAUGUGGAGAGCUACAAUAACGCGCUCAGGGAUCUGCUGGCCAUUGCCGAGGAUCCUGCUCUUCAUUGGCGCUACCAGGUCAUCUCAUACGCAUGCAUUUUGUUCCUGGUGAGGCCCGACCCGCUGCCAUCGCUCCAGGUCGUGCGGCUGUUCCUGCGGGGAACCGUGAACGAGCUACAGCCCCUGCGCACCCUCUCCCGGAAGGCGCUCUCUAUCUUGCUCAAGAUCUACAAGCCGCAUUUCUCCCAGCAGCAGGGAUCGACUCACUUCACAUACGGCGAGUACCGUGCCAACGCGGUGCGCGCUCACACGCCGCUGACCAGGGACGAAUGGAGCAACACCACAUUCGUAGACAACAAUUGGGAGGGGUGGAAUGCCGAUGUUUUCACCGGAGACGUCAGACCUUCACAACGCUCUGCUUCGGCUGCGUCCGACGAGGCCAUCCAGCACGUAGCCGAUGAGCUGGCGGGGUUCUUGGACGACCCGCUCAUGAGGCAGCAGUUCCUGCACUACCUCGCCCAGGACCACCACGUCCGGGCCGAUGAAGCCGAGGGCAAGUCGCAGGAUCAUUCCCAUGACAUGGUCAAGCAGCUCUCCUCCAUUCUGGGCUCAGCGCUCGGCCGGUCUGCUCUGAGCGGAAGACUGGGCAACAUGGGCAAGUCGCUGGUGGCCCAGGCGGCCAACGAAGUCCUUCGCGAACUGCUCAAGCAAAACAAGCACUGGCCUUAUGUCGCCAACAAGGUGCCGUCGAGCAGCCCCAACUCGUUCGUGGUUGAAAAUGCCCAGCUGUUCAAGGGCCUCUUCCAGCUGUCUCUCGCUCGGGGCAACAACCGGCUUGCGACGAACCUGUUCGAUGCCCACCUGCGUCCCUUCCUCGACGCCUUCCUGCGGAACGAGGAGGGCACCGACGCCUCGGGCCGGGUCCACGCCGGCGACCAGGAGCGCAGCCACGCACUCGCUGCCGAGAUCAUGUCCGGCGCCAUGCGCUGCCUCAAAUACGGCGGCUACGACUAUGCCGAGAGGCUGUGGAAUUACUGGAUCCCGUUCCUGGAGAGAAUCAUUGCCCAGGCGCCCACCGACUGCGUGCGCAACUGGUUCAUCGCCAUCAGGUUCGGCGUCUACAACUUGGACGUGCGCCGUGUGGUGCCGCUGGGCGACCUCCUCGUUCGACAGCUGCAGACGCUCACGGCCGACACCAAGAAAGAGGGCGACUCCCUCCGCGACGCCAAGGUGCUGCAGUUCGUGCAGCCUUUCCUGGCCGAAACCACCGUCUUGGGCCUGCUUGCGUCGCGCAUCUCGUCGCCGUUCAAGCAGGUGCGGAGCGAGCUGUCGUACCUGCUGGUCCUCGUCUUCCGCAAUCUGUGGCACAACCCGGCUGUUGCUGGCGCGGCCCGCGGGGGCAGCGACGACGCCAUCUCCGCCUUCUUCGCGGCGAUCCCGGCCCGCGUGUACAAGAUGAAGACGACCGCCGACGUCGACGCCGACGUCUCGCCGCCGAAGAGGGAUGACGGCGACGCCAUGGACGAGGAGGGCCAGGUCCGGUCGACCCCCGCCGAGGACACGUCGCACGCCCGCGAGGCGCUGCUGCUGACGCUGUGGCACGCCACCAAGACGUCGGCGUCGGGCGCCAUCGCGCCCUACGUCCACCACUUCCUGCGGCUCCUGUUCGCGUCUCUCGGCGACGAGGACCGCGACACGGUGAACGUGGCGAAGCAGUGCGCGGCGUUGGCGGCGCAGAUGAUCCUGCCCGAACAGGCCCCGCGCUCCUCCUUCGUGGAGCACCUCCUGGCGCUGCCCAAGCCCGACACCCUGUGGCACACCCGCGCGGCCAUGCUGCCCUUCCUUCAGAUCUUCCUGUUCAACCACCGCUUCUUGCUCAACGAGGAAGAACGGCGGCAGGUGCGGGAGCUCGUCAUCUCUCUGCUGGCCGACGCUCGGGUCGAGGUGCGUGAGCUGGCCAGCGUUUCGUUGUCGUCUCUUCUGCACGGCGAGGAGGAUGCGCAAGUGACCUCCCUCGCCCAACGCUUCCUGGCCACGCUGGGCCAGCCCCUCCGCAGGCGCGACCUCAAGAAUGCGCCCGAGGAGAGGCUGAGGCACGGCGCCGCCUUGGGCCUCGCGGCCAUCGUGCAGAGCGUGACCUACACGGUGCCCGCGUGGCUGCCGCCGCUUCUCGUGAGCCUCGCCCCCUACGAGGACGACGCCCACUCGUCUGUCAAAGAUGCGAUGAAAAAGUCGUUCGCCGAGUUCCAUCGAACGCACCAGGAGGCGUGGGAGCUGCACCAGGAGGCCUUCACCGAGGAGCAGCUCAGCGUCGUCGUGGCCCUGGGCAAGACCCCCACCUCCUACUACCUCUAA